CUUCCCUUCUCUGCACACGCAAUGACCCUGGAAUUUUUGGAAAACAGCAGCAGCCUCUCCUCCACCUUCCUGCUGACUGGCAUUCCUGGCCUGGAGCACCUGCAUAUCUGGAUCUCCAUCCUUCUGUGCCUCCUGUAUCUGGUCUCUAUUCUGGGCAAUUGUACCAUUCUCUUUAUCAUCAAAACAGAGCCCUCACUCCACGAGCCUAUGUAUCUCUUCCUGUCCAUGCUGGCUUUCACAGAUCUGGGUCUGUCCCUCUGCACCCUUCCUACAGUACUGGGCAUCUUUUGGGUAGGGGCACGAGAUAUUAGUCAUGAAGCCUGUUUUGCCCAGCUCUUCUUCAUUCACUGUUUGUCCUUCUUGGAGUCGUCUGUGCUACUGUCCAUGGCCUUUGACCGUUUUGUGGCCAUUUGCCGCCCAUUGCACUAUGCUUCCAUUCUCACCAACACAGUUAUUGGCAGGAUUGGCCUGGCUUCCCUUGGCCGUAGUGUGGCACUCAUUUUCCCUUUGCCUUUUAUGCUCAAAAGAUUUCCCUAUUGUGGCUCCCCAGUCCUUUCACACUCUUAUUGUCUCCACCAAGAAGUGAUGAAAUUGGCCUGUGCAGACAUCAAGGCAAAUAGCAUCUAUGGCAUGUUUGUCAUUGUCUCCACGGUGGGUGUGGACUCACUGCUCAUCCUCUGCUCUUAUGCCAUGAUCCUGCACACUGUGCUUUCCAUCGCCUCCAGGGCUGAGAGAUUCAAAGCUCUUAACACCUGUGUUUCCCACAUCUGUGCUGUGCUCCUCUUCUAUAUUCCCAUGAUUGGGUUGUCUGUCAUUCACCGUUUUGGGAAGCAGGCACCUCAUCUGGUCCAGGUGAUCAUGGGCUUUGUGUAUCUGCUUUUCCCUCCAGUGAUGAACCCCAUUGUCUACAGUGUGAAGACCAAACAGAUACGAGAUAGAGUGGCUCAUGCCUUUUGUUGCUAACCAUAUCUUGAUUUCGGGCAUUAUCACCUUAAACAU